AUGAAUAUGAAUAUAAAGUAUGUUGUUUUCUUUGUUUUUCUUAGUUUAGUAUGUUGUAAUUAUUGUUAUGUGAAUUGUAUGUUGGAUAAUUUUAUUCAACAUUUUGUAAAGAAGUCAUCAAACAAUGUUAGUGUAACAAAUGUAGACGGUAAAGGGAAUAAUAAUAUGAAUGAUACAAAUAAUAUAAAUAAUAUGGAUAAUAGAAAUAAUAUAGAUAAUACAAACAAUAUAGAUAAUACAAACAAUAUAGAUAAUACAAACAAUAUAGAUAAUACAAACAAUAUAGAUAAUACAAACAAUAGUGAUAAUACAAACAAUAUAGAUAAUACAAACAAUAUAGAUAAUACAAACAAUAUAGAUAAUACAAACAAUAUAGAUAAUACAAAUAAUUUAAAUAAUAAUAUGAAUAGUGUUCAUAGUAAUAACAUCUUUAAUAUUUUCAAAAAAGGUGAGGAAGAAGGGUGCACUGGGGAACUCGAACAAAAGUUAAUUAAUGGAAAGAAAUUCUUAAAAAAUGAUUUACAUGAGAUAAAUGAAUAUAAUAAUAAUAAUAAUAAUGAAAGUUUUGUUAACUUACGUAAUGGUCAACAUAGUGAUUAUACCAUGUACAUGUUUGAAAGUAAAGGAAUAGUGUCAAAUGAUUUCUACAGAAUAUUAUAUGAAUGUGCCCAAGCUUCUUCAGCCAAACCUUAUUUAGUAGAUGUAUGUGUAAAUAAAUACUUUAAAAAAUAUAAAAUAAAUUUUUCACAAACAUGCUUAAGUUGUUUCUCUACAUUUAUUGGAUGUACCUUCAUUUCUUGUAAUAAACAAUGUUCAAAAAAUCAAUGUAAUGAUGAAUGUAAAGUGUGUAGUGACAAUCAUUGUUUUAAGAAAUUAUUAGAAUGUACAAAAUUGGAGGCUUUACCUGAUCCAUGUAAAUAA